AUGCAAGCAGCGUUUGCUUUCCGUUUAUUUUUGGUUCCUAGUUUUUCGCUUGGUAAUUCACCUGCAGAAUCGGGUAAACCGCAAGUGAAACGAUCUAAAAAGUCAUCACUAUCCCCGUGUGAUAAUAUAAACACUCUUUCAUCGUCAGUUUACAAUGAUUUGGGUUCGAAUCAAAAAAUAAAAGAUGUUGAAAAGCGAAAAACAACAGAAAUGACACCGUUAUCUGAUUAUUUACAUAAUGAAACAUCAUUAUGCACUGAUCAAAAUCGAUCUCAACUAUUAUUAAAAUUAAAGAAGAAUGAACAUGGAGAAUUGAUUAGUGAACAUUCUCACCAAUCACCCACAAAUCAUCAGCAUUUAACAUCCGAUACAAAUAAUAUGUCAUUAUCACACUUUAUUUCAUCAUCUUUUAUGGAUACAAAUGAUAGUAUAUCUCCGAUAAUACCAACAGAUUUAAUGAAACCAACUGACCAAAAUAAUAUUCCUUCAUCUCCACUACCAAUGUCAUCUAUACAAUCAAUAAUUCAACCAACACCAGUGAUGAAUAAUGAGCCACACAUUACAAAUGUUUUAACCAAUUUCUCAAUGUCAAAUGGAUCACCAUCAUCCCCAAUAACAAAUUCUCAAUGGGCAGCUAUGAACAGUAAUAAUCCCACCACUUCUCCUAUGUCAUCCAUGGACGUAGAAUCAUUACCAUCAUCGUCAAAUAGCCAGCCUGAUGUAUCGAAGUCAGCUUCAUCGAAAGAUAAAUCAGAAACACAUACAAGAGAAUUAUUAGAUGAAGCGCUAGACAGUGUAAAAAAUGUUUUGAUGCAAACGUUUAAAAGAAAUCUUGAAAGUGGAAGUGAAUUAAGUGCUUUAAAAAAUACAUUGGGAUCUGAUGAAGUGGCGGAAGCGUUUCUAGCUAAACUAAGACAGUCACUAAAACGUGAAUUAGAACAGGAGCAUGAACAAAGAGUAGAAACAAAUAAAGAACCAGUGAAUCCGAGUUCACCACCUUUGUCAACGAGUAUUGCUACGCCACCAACGCCAGUGUCUCCUGUUGUUGUUACCAAAACAGUAAAGAGAAAAUCAUCAACACCAUCAACAAAUCCCAAUCGUUUUGAUGGUGCGAGUGAAGAAGAAUUGACGAAACGUAUACUAUCAGAUAUAUUAGAGCCAAACUUAGAUAUUGUCUUUGUUGGUAUUAAUCCAAGUUUGUAUGCUGUACAUAAAGGUCAUCAUUAUGGUGGGCCAGGAAAUCAUUUUUGGAAACUAUUGCAUAUGUCUGGUCUUAUACCGAAUGCGUUCAAUGCGAAUGAUGAUCAUCGUUUGCCGCAGUAUGGUAUCGGAUUUACAAAUAUAGUUCAACGACCAACAAAAGCUGCUUCCGAUGUGACUAAAGAUGAAAUACAACUUGGUGCUGAACUUUUACUAGAGAAAAUCAAACUUUACAAACCAAAGAUUGUUGCAUUUAAUGGCAGAGGUAUUUAUGAAGUUUAUGCUGGUAACAAACAUUUUCAUUAUGGAAAACAACCGGAACUAUUUCCGGGCACGGACACCCAUGUAUUUGUUAUGCCAAGUUCAAGUGCUCGUUGUUCUCAGUUGCCGCGUGCUGAAGACAAACUUCCAUUUUAUGCUGCCUUAAAAAAAUUGAAAGAAUUUGUUAAAGGAGAAAGAACAGAAUUGAACGAAGGAGAAAUAACGUUUCCUGAUAUAAAGAUAAAAGAUACAGACGACGUAUUACAAAAAACAAUUAUUCGUAUUAGUAAUAAACCGUUUAGUGAAUUAUCAUCCGAUGCACUGAAAUCCUAUGGUGAUAAAAUACCAACACAACAACUUGCAACAACGCAUCCUGUUAAAUCGGAACCGUUGAUAUAUGCCUCACCCACCUCAUCAUCAUCGUUAAAUAACAAUGAUCUUGCAACACAAACAAUGUCUAUAUUGAACGAUAAUUAUACGAACUAUAAUAAUAAUUUAUUAUGGCCUGAUUCAACGCGAUCAUCAUCGUUGUCUUACACACCACCUUGUUCUGAUAAUCAACAGAGAAUAUAUUCACAAAAUUCUACAACAUCAUCAAAUCAGUUGUGUAACAUCCCUCAAAAAUCUAUUUUAAUAGCGUCAAAUAAACCACAGCAACAGCAAACUUCGUUGACAAAUUUGAUUAAUUCGAAUGGAUUUUCAAAAUCAAGCAACGUUGCCAAUAAUAAACAGAUGAAUGAUCUUGUUAUCAAAGUUCCUUCGGCUACAUCAUCUUCAUCGAUUAUACCUAAUGGUCAAGAGCAACAAAAUAUCUAUUCUCUACCAAAUUCAUCGCAAUCAUUACAAAUUGUGCUUCAACAACCGUCAAAUUCCUAUAUUGUACAACAUCAUCCACAAACAGUUUAUGUCGGACAACAUUCACAGCAGCAGAUAUCUCAGCAACCCACACAACAAUACUCUCACCUUUCGUCUCCGACCAUGAAUCUAGGCUCAGUCAAUAACAACACUGGAAUAAGGUCAAUAAUGACCAAUACUUCAUCGAUUGUACAGCAUCAUCAUCAACCCAUAACUGUCAAUCAAACAGUAUUAGUUCCAUCUUCAAUUACACUUGAUUCUUCGAAUGAAUAUCAACAACGAAAUUCUCCUAUGGCAAAUUCGAUUCAUUCUAUCGUACAAAAUAGUAAUAACAAUACGUCUUACUCUCAAAUAAUAUCUCGUCAAAUAAUGAAUUCAAAUGAACCAACGCCAUUGAGCAGUGGAAUAGCUAAUUCAUCCGCAUCCCCAGCGUUACAACGUUGUCUUACACCUAUUCGCCCUCAGCCAUGUAGUUCAGCAAGCAGUAUCUCUUCUCAGUCAUCCACAUUUUCAUCAUCUUCAUCAAAUUCUAGUCAUGUUGAUAUUCAAUAUCAACAACAACAACAACAACAUCAGUCUUCUCGUAUAAACAUCCAACCACAAAUACACACAAAUAAAGUUCGUCUAUUACGACCGGCCGGUGAGCAACAACCAGCAACUAUUUAUUUUAAUAGUUUUGUUAGUCAGGCUAACAGUACAAGUACAAUUAACGGACAAACACAAUUACCUCCUUCACCAUUUACUUCAAAAAUUUCCGCACCUCCAAAUCAACAACAAACAAUAGCACCAAAAGUUUCUGUUGCUCCGGUCAGCACAGCUACAACAACAAUUUCGACAAUCACAGUAGGGCAGCAGUCAAAAGUUACCACACCAGCUCCAUCAUCCUCUCAAACGGAUAAGCCUACGACUGCCACUCGUCCUUCAACAAUAUCAUUACCCCCAUCAAUUAUUCCAUCAACGAGCUAUGAUGACUGCUAUUUUGCACGUUACGAAAGAGAUGUGAAUAAUUAUGAUGGUAUGAAAUUUUCUUAUUUAAUUGAUGAUUUGACAUCAUAUAAUAAAUACAAGCGAACAAUACGUUAUGUGUCAUUGAACGAUUUAUGA